AUGGUUUGCUUUGUCACGGAAACACUAGCCAAGCUCUUCUUCAAGUUGGACAAGACCAACACCCUCAAAACCACUGCCACCAACGACACGCUGACAGACGGCAACAAGACAGGGGUCCUCGAUGCUGGCAAGGGCGGCAGCGCCUUUGAUGCCCUCGAUGCCCUGACCAACGGAGGAACAUAUACUGGCACAUACUACAAGACAAACACGUACACCCAUCAAUAA